AGUGUGGUGGCUUGGCGCCUCCCCCUCUUUUCUCCUCUCCUCUAUAAAAUGUGCACAAUCUGCUCCUUGUGUGCACUCUCAGUCAGAUCGAGUUAGUGUGACUGCGGCCUCACGGGAUAUUAACGCAGCAGAAGAGCGCCCGAGAAAAAAAACACUCACACAAAAAUAUUCAUAUUUGAAGCAGUUUAAUUAGCAUCUCUAGCUCAGUGCCAUAUAAUAGUUGAUUUUCUCGUUGUCUGCGAUGAAGGCUGUUCCUCCUGCGCACCCCCAGGACUCUUCGUCUUACUCCUCCUCCAGCAGCAGCAGCAGCAGCAGCAGCAGCAGGCAGUAAAUGAAAAGCUAUCUGACCAAGCAGAGUCUCAACGCCGCCCGGUCCAGGAUGGAAGAGGAGGACCGGCACUGUCUGCAGUACGACAUGAACGACUGCUACAGCCGACUGAAACGCUUGGUGCCCACCAUUCCGCAGGAUAAGAAAGUCAGCAAAGUGGAGAUCCUCCAGCACGUCAUUGACUACAUUCUGGACCUGCAGUUGGCCCUCGAGACGCACCCUUCUCUCCACAAACAAGCGCCUCAGCGGACCGGAACGUGCGUUCCUAUGGCGUCCAACCCCAGCCGAACACCGCUUACGGUGCUCAACAUUGACCACCACCAGAGGACGUCAAUUGUCAAAAAGCCAGAGGACUCCAUUUUAUGCCGCUGAAGCAAAAGCAACACAUUGGUGUGCAGGCUGCACAGAAUCGCUCCAAAAGCCAGCAAAGCUUCGCCAGGGACUCACAGCCAACUGGAUGCACAAUCACAAAGGAAUUUGGAAACUAUCGGAAGGAACUAAUCUUAAAUAUAAUGACUAUUUUUAUUCCAUUGAGCAUGGAAUGAGCAUAAAAAAAAUGUCUCCUUAUGUGUAUCCCAAACCAACCCUAUCCACAUUUUUUUGCCAUAUUUUCUUUUUGAAAAUGAAAUUACAGUUUGAGACUUUUUUUUUAAACCCCAGUCACGAACAAGCAUUACAUGAAAACCUUUAGUGAAUUGUGCUUUAAGAAAAUGUGAGUUUAAAGCUUUACUGAACUGCAAAAUUGCUGUACAUAUUUUGGACAUCUAUUGUUUCAAAUAGAUGAUUUGUGUGGAGCAGGGAUGCCAUUCCUGCCAUCACAUCAUAUUUGAUAUUGUAAAGAAGAACAAUUCAAUCUGAAAAAACAAUUAUAAUUGUACUUGAAGAGAAACAAAUGUUCUAUGAUUAAAAAAAAAAUAUGUGAAAGGAAUACGUUUAUGCUUCAAAUAGACUACUGUAUUGUAAUUAUGAGAUAUUUUUAUUAAGAGUUAUGUUGGUUGUUUUGUAAAUAUUGUGUUUCCACUUUGAAGUCUUUUGUGAAUGAAUGUGGUUUUGUCCUCAUAUGACGAUAUCAGUUCACUUUGCAAUGUUUUGGAAUAGAUUCAUAUGUAGCAUGUCAGGCUCAUUGCAGAGAUGUCAAAUGUGCACUGAAGCAGGCCUCCCCGUGUAGAUAACUUCUUUUAUUUGCUCAGCUUUCACUUGUUGUUUUUAUACUCACUAACUAUGACACUUGACCCGUUCGGGGGCAAUAGGUCGCUCAGCUAUUUUAUAUGUUGGGUUGUUGUUGUAGUUGUUGUUGGGUGUUUUUUGUUUUUUUUUUUAAAUGAAAAGGCCGGACUUCAUUAUUUUACAAUGCACACUUGUGAAAAAAAAGUCCACAACAUGCAGCACUUCUAACAAUGUACAAUGUAAUACCGAAACAGGCAAUUCUACUGAAUCACUUUUUAUUUUAUGAGGACGGCGCAACAAACAUUAAUUACAGUUAAUUGCGAUGAUUAGCAUGCUUUUCUGCAAUCGUGAGCUUAUUUCAGCACGCAUAUGGUUAAAUAAGAAAAAAAAACGUUUUUUUUCAUGACAUUGAACACCGAAUUUACCUCACCACCCUCCUGCCAGUGUGGGAGGGCACAUGUACAUGACUGUCAGCUGCACUGUUGGAAUUGACCUUCACUGGCUUGUGAGGCGUUGUCAAAACAAUUAAAGUUUCCAGGAAGAA